AUGAGCAGCGGGCUGGAUCGCUGGCUCGGACCGCUGGAUCGCAGGUGCCUCAGGCAGGGACGCAGAGGCGAAGCAGGCAGGGCGUCGGUCAGGGACACAAGGAGGCAGGACAGACGCGAGGGCGAGCAAGGGCCAGUGAGGGCAGGGGAACCAAAAGGCAGGACUCCAAAAGCAAGUUGGAAAAGCCCCCAAAGGAGUCAAAAGACGAGGGACAGAAGAGCCCGCGGAGCUUGUGACGUCGUUACUUUUUAUGCCCCCGGCUCCUCCCCGAGUGUGCCGACUGACAGGAGACCAUCGGGCCAGCCCGAUGUGCCGCUGCCGUCCAUUGGCAGAGACCUUUUUCAGUCUGACUGGAGAGUGUCUCUGGGGUACAGUGCCUUCGGUGUUCCCGUGCUGUCCCCCCGCCUGUCCCGUAUUACAGAAAAUAAAAGCUAUGCGUGGGAAAGUUUAGGAAUGAGAGAGGUUCCUAUGACUAUUGUCACAACAAAAGUCCUCAAUUUCAGUUUCAAUGUGGUCCCUUCCCUCCAGAAUUAUUUCUCUGACCUGAAUUCUCUUCUCUGCUUGGACAUAACAAGGUGUCAGAUCAGCUGGGUGUGUGAUGGUGCCUUUCCUGGAAACAGGCAGCUGAAAACAGUAAUUCCGACCAGAAACCUGCUCAUGUUUCUGUCUGUCACAGCAUUUGCUGGCCCACAUUCCCUGGACAUCUUAACACAGACAGGAAUAACAAGUAUGUGCUUUAUUCCAAUGACAAAUCUUGGCAGCUUAGGUAUCUUCAUCUUGGGCAGCAUCCACAUGCUGCAGCUUCCUUCCAGCUUUCCCACGCGAAACCUCAAAACACUCAAUUUUCUAAUGAACAACAUACAAGCAAUCACAGCAGAAGAUGUCCAAGCUCCACAGAAGACCAGCAAUGUAACUCUCAUCCUUAAAGGCAAUGACAUUACAUACAUUGAACCUGGAUCUUUUCAGUCAUAUUUCUACAGUUUGGACUUAGUGGGCUGUGCUGACAUCCCUGGAGCCCUGGUGGGAAUACAGAACUCCACAGCUCAGCCCUUUUGGCUGGGAAUAUUUUAUGGUGUGGGAAAGGAGCCCUACGUAAGCUCAGAUAUUUUACAAGGCCUCUGUAGUAUCUCUGUCAAGGAUCUCUAUCUGCACUUACGGCACCUUAGAAAUCUAAAUGCUGACACAUUUCAGAGCUUAACUAGGCUCCAAAAGCUGAACCUAACCCAGCCCCACAUCCAUGCACUGCCCCCUGGCAUCAGUGGCAUGAGCUUGCUAGAGGAGGUGGUUCUCAGUGCAAACUGCUUUGAGCAGCUCUGCAACACCAGCUCUGCUGCCUUUGCCUCCCUCACCUGCCUCCACAUCAAGGGUAACUCACAGGGGCUGCAGCCAGGCUCUGGCUAUUCAGAAAAACUGGCAAAGCUUCAAUAUCUAGAUUUAAGUCAGUCACUUUGAAAGUUCUGAUGCUCUAGCAAAGUGCUGAGAGCUUUGAGCAGACUUUGUUACCUGAAUCUGAGCCACAACACACACCUCCAUCUCCAGGAAAUGCUCAUUUAGGACAGUGCUAGCCUGCUGCUGGACUUACCCUUCACUCCUCUCUGUAUCAACACCUUAGAGAGCCCUUUCCAAAAUCUCCAUCUCUAGCAAGUGCUAGAUGGUCUUUCUUCAUCUCACAUUAAUAUUAGCACUCAGCAUGUCUUUAAAGGCUUGAAAAACCUCAUGUUCUUGGACCUUAGUCAAAAUAACUUUGAUUUGGGGAUCAUGCCAAAGGACAAACUGUUCCAACAACUAUCCAGUUCAGGGGUGCUAGUAUUACCAUCCUGCAAACUAACAUCAAUAGGUAACCAAGUGUUUCACAACCUCAGGAAGUUACAGCACGUUGAUCUGAAUUACAACAAAUUUACUGCAUUUAGCACAGAUGCAUUUUCAAAUCUCAAGAGUAUCAAUCUGUCUUGUGUCCAUUACAGAAUGCACAUUGUACCAGGUGUCCAGCUAGUGCCCCGAGAUGGCCGCUUUAUAAUCAAUUUGAGCUACAACCUUCUGGACUGCUCCUGCUCUAAGAUUGAUUUAAUCACCUACUACAAGCAACAUCUGGAUACAGCUGAAGACCCUGAAGGAACAAGGUGCUCUGAACCCAAACUUCUAGCUGUUCAGCUGGCCACCAUCUCACGCUCCUGUGGGAAGGAUACGUCAGGAAUCAUUGCAGUUGUCCUGGCUGUUUUAUCCUGUAGUGCCAUCUUCAUUUGGGGUGUUCACUAUUUCAAGCAAAAUUACCAGCAACUGUGA